AUGAAGACGACGUGGAAGGAUAUUCCUCCAGUUCCAACUCAGCAGGAGUUCUUGGACAUUGUGUUGAGUCGAACCCAACGCAAACUGCCGACCCAGAUUCGUGCAGGUUUCAAGAUAAGCAGAAUUCGAGUCAAGUUCUCCCAGGAAACCUUCUCCGAAAAGUUCGCCGCCAUCCUCGAGAGUUUUCCGCGAUUGCAGGAUAUCCAUCCGUUCCACAAGGAUUUGCUCAACACGCUCUAUGAUGCCGACCACUUCCGCAUUGCGCUCGGUCAGCUCUCUACCGCCAAGCACUUGAUCGAGACCAUUGCCAGAGACUAUGUCCGUCUGCUCAAGUAUGGCCAGUCCCUCUUCCAGUGCAAGCAGCUCAAGAGGGCUGCGCUCGGUCGCAUGGCCACCAUCUGCAAGCGCCUCAAGGACCCCCUCUUGUAUCUCGACCAGGUCAGGCAGCAUCUUGGUCGGCUGCCCUCCAUCGACCCUAAUACUCGAACUCUGCUCAUUUGCGGUUAUCCCAAUGUGGGCAAGUCCAGCUUUCUGAAAAGCAUCACUCGUGCCGACGUUGACGUUCAGCCCUAUGCUUUCACGACCAAGAGUCUGUUUGUCGGCCACUUUGACUACAAGUAUUUGAGAUUCCAGGCCAUUGACACUCCGGGUAUUCUGGACCAUCCCCUGGAGGAGAUGAACACGAUUGAAAUGCAGAGUAUUACUGCCAUUGCACAUCUGCGAUCAGCUAUCCUGUACUUCAUGGACCUGUCCGAGCAGUGCGGCUACACUGUUCAGGCACAGAUUCAGCUGUUCAAGAGCAUCAAGCCUCUAUUCUCCAACAAGCUCGUCUUCCUGGUCGUAAACAAGAUCGACGUUGCUCGACCCGAGGAUCUAAGCCCCGAGCUGCAGGCGGAUCUGCAAGGCCUGAUGAAGGCUGGAGAGAUUGAAAUGCUCCAACUUUCCUGCAACACUCAGGAAGGUGUGCAAGAAGUCAAGAACGCCGCCUGCGAGCGCCUGAUUGCCGAGCGAGUCAACCAAAAGCUGAAGGCUGGCACAAGCAAUGGUAGGAAUAUUGGCGGCCGUCUGGCCGAUGUCAUGUCCCGCAUCCACGUUGCCCAGCCCAUGGGCGGCCAGUCUCUCGAGACGUUCAUCCCCGAAGGAAUCAAGAAGUUGAAGAAGUACGACAAGGAGGACCCGGAACGCCGCAAACUGGCCAGAGAUGUCGAAGUCGAGAACGGUGGCGCUGGAGUAUUCAACGUCGACAUGCGCGCAGACUACCUCCUCGAGGACCCCGCGUGGAAGUACGACAAGAUCCCCGAGAUCUUUGACGGCAAGAACGUCUACGACUUUAUCGAUCCCGACAUUGAAUCCAAGCUUGCCGCUCUGGAGGAAGAAGAAGAUAAGCUGGAACAGGAAGGCUACUACGACUCUGACGAAGAAAUCGACGACGACGAAGAGGCAGAAGUCCUGAGAAAAGCCGAGCUCAUCCGUGAGAAGCAGCAGCUGAUCCGCAACGAAGCCCGCAUGAAGAAGCGUCUCAAGAACCAAGCCAUCAUCCCCCGCAGCAAGACCAAAAAGUCCUUCUCCCAGCUCGAGGACGCCCUCGAUCAACUGGGCGUCGACACCAGGAAUCUCGCCGACCGCGCACAGCCCAAGGAGGUCCGCCGCGGGCGCUCCAUGUCCCGCAGCCGCCUGGGCACCGAGGACGUCGACACAAUGGAUGUCGACUCCAAGCCCCGCGAUCGCCUGCGCUCCCGCGCUCGCUCCAUGACCAGAGCGCCCACAACCAACCGUCGCGAGGACGGUGUCCAGGACGAACUAACGAGGUCAAAGGCCGAGAGAAUCGCCAAGCUCAACCAGAAGAGAAUGAACAGGAUGGCUCGGCAAGGCGAGGCCGACAGACAUACCACGGUUUCUCUGGAAAAGCACCUCUUCUCUGGCAAGCGCGGCAUCGGCAAGACUGGUCGACGAUAA